GGCGACACCGCUCUACCUGUCUAUGACAGUCGUGCUCUAUCUGUGAUGAUCCUGCUCCAUGACAACACUGCCCCAUGACUCUUCUGUGAUGUAGCUGUGUCACUGAAAUGGUAUAGAUGAUGCUGAAAACAAGAAAAGGAAAAUAAUUAAGCCUUGUCUGUGUUCUGGCAUCCACUGGUAUAUACUUGCUGUGAUAGUGACCUGACCUUUCCCAUUUAGAGGUGGUAAGGUUUUGUGACAGACAGUUGUAUCUGUAAAGGCACAAGACAACGUAUUUGGAAUAGUUGUGAGAAAGUACAAAGCUGUGAGGUCGUGGCAAAAUAGUCUAUUUCCAAAAGAAAUAGAAAACCAUAGGGUUUGGAAGACUGGUUAUUCUUAAGAUGUUUAUAAGAAUAUUACACUUUAUUCAUUAAACACCACCAGUAUACUUUUUCCUGUGUUAGAAAUACAUUAGAAUAAAAUAGUGUGCAUGCUUUCGGUUAACUGUGAAUAAAAAAAUAGGAUGAGGGAAAGGGGAAUUUGCUGAUGACCUAUAAGGACAGCUGUUGAACAGCCAGGAUGCCGUUCUUGGAAUCUAAAGCAAGCUUUCUUCACAUCUGUAAGGGGUGAGCAUCAGAUAUGGUCUGUGGUUGUGCCUGACUGAGGUAGUAGCUUUUAGACACAUUUAUUGAAAGCUCUGUUUACUGAAACUAUUGUCAAUAGCAAAAAUACACAGUUGAAUACACAGAGAAAUUGCUGUGGAUGUGUUAAUGGAUGUAGAUGGCCUCAGAAGUGCGGGGCUAUAAGGAAUCAAGUGGAGUGGGCAGAAGCUUCUUUUUUGGGUACAGCAGUACUCAAGAACAAUUUUAAUGUUUGGGAAUAUCAGGAACAUAUUUAUGGUUUCUUUUAUUAAAAAAGCAUGUAAGAUAAAAGGCUGUUGUCAGUUUUGCUAUCAACCUGUAGAACAUAAAGCAAGGCUGGAUAGGGAAGUAUCAGUCAUAACUUCUGGGUAAUACAAAACUCAUUUCUGCAGUCCUCUUUCAAGUCCUUGUGUUGCAUAAAAGCUCUAUUUCUGAUCAAGUUCUGUUUUAUUUUUAGGAGGAUAGCAUUAUGUUUAAAAUGGAAGUUGACAUAAAUGGAGAGUCCAGAACUACCAUAUCCACCCUUCCUGUGCCUCUUGCAGAAGUGAGUCCUGUGGGCAGGAUGGAAGCAGAGAAGCCCCGCUGUUCCAGUACCCCCUGCUCACCAAUGCGGCGGACAGUUGCAGGGUAUCAGAUCCUGCAUAUGGAUUCUAACUACCUGGUUGGCUUCACAACUGGAGAGGAGCUGCUAAAAUUAGCCCAGAAGUGUACAGGAAGUGAAGAGAAUAAAGGGGAAUCUGGGCCAAACUUGCACUCCAAACAGCUUGAUUCAGGACUUACACGUUCCUCCCGUUUGUACAAAACUAGAAGUAGGUACUAUCAGCCAUAUGAGAUCCCAGCAGUAAAUGGAAGGAGGAGGAGAAGGAUGCCAAGCUCAGGGGAUAAAUACACUAAGGCUUUACCAUAUGAACCUUACAAGGCACUUCAUGGUCCCCUGCCUCUUUGCCUUUUAAAAGGAAAAAGGGCUCAUUCGAAAUCCCUGGACUACCUCAAUUUAGACAAAAUGAGCAUUAAGGAACCUGCUGACACGGAAGUGCUACAAUACCAGCUCCAGCACCUCAACCUCAGAGGGGACCGUAUGUUUGCAAGAAACAGCACAUGAGCUAUCAUUAGCUUGAAUUUAGAGCCAAUUUCUAGUUAUUUCUGUUGCUGCAAAAAUCCACUGUUGUACUGUGUACAUGACUAUCCACAUUGUAUGUGGUUGUAUCAGCUAAAUGUUAUCAGAAAGUAAUUUAUUUGAAUAGAAUCUUGGAAAUGCAAUGUGUUAAAAAUAUGUGGAGGGAGAAAUCUUUCCUAAGAAAGCAGCUUAUGAUGCAAAUUUGACUUCAAUUGGUGGAUAUUUCUUUGAACAUCUUUUAACAAAAAAAACCAACAUCUUCUGAUUGUG